CCGAGAAUCUCGCCGACAUUUUUUGCACAACAUCAUCAGAGCUGACGUGGGGACUACGUGUGCAGCGGCUCAGGCCAUCCACUCCUACCGUAAUCAGUGACGAGCCCCACUACGUAAAAAACUUCGUCCAAUGACCAUGGAAACUGUGGUUACCUCUCAGCAGGAUGGAAGUGUAAAUGAUUCUUUGUCUGAUGGAGAAGCCAUUCAAAUUCAGAAUGAGUCUGCCAACUCUCCCAUUUCUUCACUUACACAGGUGUCAGUAGGCAGUAGUGGAGGGGUCGGAGGGUCUCCAGCUGUGACGGUGGUUCAGUUACCCGGAGGCCAAACCGUUCAGGUCCAGGGAGUUAUCCAGGCCCCCCAGCCAUCUGUCAUUCAGUCGCCACAAAUACAAACCGUUCAGGUAGCAGCAGUAGCUGAAUCAGAAGAUGGAGAAACUACAGAGGCUGUCAGCGACUCCCAGAAGAGAAGAGAGAUCCUCUCCAGGCGUCCGUCUUACCGGAAAAUUCUCAAUGAAUUAUCGUCAGACACACCGGCCGUUCCAAAAAUCGAGGAGGAGAAAUCUGAGGAGGAAGUGACUGCUGCCAGCGUGCCAACCGUGCCCACACCAGCCUCUAUCUAUCAGACCAGCACAGGCCAAUAUAUCGCUAUAACCCAGGGUGGAGCCAUCCAGAUCGCCAGCCCAGGAGGGGACGGGCUGCAGGGCCUGCAGACGCUGACCAUGUCGAAUUCGGGAACGCCCCAGCCGGGCGCCACCAUCGUGCAGUACGCCGCGCAGUCCGGGGACGGCCCGCAGCAGUUCUUUGUGCCAGGCAGCCAGGUGGUCGUGCAAGCUGCCACCGGAGACAUGCCCGCCUACCAGAUCCGCGCCCCCACCUCCAGCCUGCCCCAAGGCGUGGUGAUGGCCGCCUCCCCGGGGUCUCUGCACAGCCCCCAACAGCACGCCGAGGAGGCCACGCGCAAACGGGAGGUCCGGCUCAUGAAGAACAGGGAGGCCGCGAGAGAGUGCCGCCGGCGGAGGAGGGACUACGUGCAGUGCCUGGAGAACCGGCUCACGCUGCUGGAGCUGCAGAGGAAGAAGCUGACCGACGAGCUCCAGCACCUGAGGGGCGUGCACGGCUGGGUGUCCGAUUAGCCGCGCCCAGACGGCCCCCCCCACCCGCCCCGCAAACACUGCUGCAUUUCACAUUCCUCUCUGCCGAUCGACCUCAGCCGGGCAGCGUCUCAGGCCGACCUACGGCAAGCUCUACCCCGGGGACAGGGUUGCGCUGGACGUUUUAAGCGUUUGUAAAUGUCAUUGUUAAGUUCUGUUGAUUUGGCGUCGUGUUAGUAUGCCCAAGUCACGCUCAGUGUCACGUCUUAACUUUUUCCCACUGAGGUCAAAAUGAAUUUCAAGCUACAGCGAGGUACACAUUUUCACUGAUAAUUGCAGUUGUAAAGCACUGGUCAUUUUUAAGCCCCAAAGUGCGGCCCUAGUUUCCCGUUAUCACCUGUGGGGAUGAGAAGACCCUUGGCGUGGUUUGGGUGGAUCUUUCGGCACACGCUAUUUGUCAUGCAUUUUGUUUCCAAGUAUCCAAUGAAAAAGAAUUUUCUAGAGACAUGUAUUACACUGCAGAACUGUCCAAAAAGCUGAACUGCCCCAGAAGCUUAUUUUUGAUUGUCAAACGUUCUAUUGAUGUAAAUAUAGAGCUUUUACGUGCAGCGAGUUGACAAGUCUUGUGAGAGAGCAUCUGAAUGCUCUGUAUGACUGGCCUGGAGUAGGCAUUGACCGCCAUCCUGGGAAUGACCAGCAGAUGUACCUCUGAGAGGAAUUUUUUAUUAAAAUUGUUAU